AUGAGCACUGUCGAAGACAAAAUGGAUAUUAACCAAAACAAUGUGGAUUUGUGUAAGUAUUAUAAGAAUAAUAAUACCAAUAACAGUGAUGCUUUAAAAUAUGAUGACUAUUUUUUUAGAGAUUUAAAAAAAAAAAAUUUGAAUUAUUAUAUUAAAAAGGAUAAUUAUUGUAAAAUAAUACUUAGUGAUGAAAGUAACUUACAAUAUGUUAAAUGGAUGAUUGAUUUAAUGAAUUACAACAAAUAUAAAAAAGAAAUAUCACUUCAAGUUUUGUUGGAUAUUCAAAAGAUAUGUAACAGCAUAAGUUUAUUUUUUAUUAAAAUAUAUAUUCAUAUCUAUAUAUACUUAUAUGCUUUACGUAGAUUAUAUUUAUCCGUAUUUUGCGUUAUAUUAAAAUAUCUCAUUAAAAAAUAUAAAUGCAUAAUUUUAAAUAAAAUAGGGGAUAUAAAUAAAAUCAACAAUUUAUCAAAUAUAAAAAAGGUAAAGGGCAUCGACAAAAAUGCAUCCAAUGUAAUAUUAAUUCAUGAAAUAAAAUGUUCUUCUUACUAUGAUUGGUAUAAAAUAGUGACUAAUGAUCACUUCGAAAAAAAUGGGAAAACACAUUAUUACAGUAGCUUAAUUUAUCCUAAAAUGUAUACAGGAAUACUUUUGGUUUCUACAAAUAAUUAUUAUUUUGUUUUAAAUAAAAAUGUUGAUAUUAAAAAUAAUAGCAAAAAAUUGUUAAUGUUGUUGAUGAAUAAUAUGGUGAAUUAUUGUCAAAUCGACUAUAUUGAGUAUGUUUAUGUGUGUAAUGAAAUUAACAAUAAAAAAUAUUUUAAUAAAUGUGAAAAAACUAAUAAUAAUAAAAAUAAUAGUAAAAUAAUAGUGUGCAUAUCUAAGACAAAUCGAAAUUUCAUAAUAGUAGCUUAUAAUAUUAAUAAAAAGAAUUAUCCAUGUAUAAAAAAUAUUUGUGGAUUUAUAGAAAAACAAAGAUGCUAUAAUGCGCCAUCAUAUUAUAAAAAUAUGUGCGAAAAAAUUUACACUAAUGAUAAUAAUAACAACAAUAUUAGCUUUAGUCAUAUUAAAUACUAUUUAAAGCUUGACACAAAAAUUAAAAAAUCAAAAAAAAUCAAAAAUUCGCUUUUUGAUUUUAGGGAAAAUGAAAACCAAAGCGGUUAUAUUAUUUAUAAGAUUCCUAAUAAUUUAUGUAAAAAAAGGGAAAUUUCAAAAAUGUAUAAUAUAAAAUGUAAUAUACUCUAUGUUUAUUAUUUUUUUGCCACGAGACAAAAAAAUAUAGUUAGUGAAAUAUUAUAUUAUUCCUCUUGUAAAAAUUUAACAAAAGGAAUUUAUUAUGAAGAUUUUCAUCUACUAUUUUUUCUUAUUAAAAAAUUGUAUAUUUUCAGAAAACCUUUGUUGGUUAUAUGCUUAAACAAUUUUGAAGUAAUAAACCUUUUUAUUUCAGAUUCUAUUAAUGUUAUAUACUGUUACAAAGCAUUUAUAAAAAAAUAUAUUUUGUCAAAAAAAUAUAAUAUUAUAAGUAAAAUGGAUGUAAUGACUACAUAUUAUUAUAUACACUUUAAUUUAUCAAAAGAAAGAAAUAUUUAUCAUACAAAAAUAAAUCACAUUUUACUAAAUAUGUUAAACGGACGGAUCUGCAAAAAAUAUGUUAUAAAAUUUUGCACUGAAGAUUGUAUGAAAAUAUGUUCAGAGUAUUACAUAAUAAUAACUCUUUUGAAGCUUUAUGCAAAGUAUUUUCGCACAUUUAUAAAUAGCAAUUUUGAUUUUUUCGGUUUGUUAAAUUGUAAUAUUAAUUUUAUAAAUAUCUCUAAUGACGAUAAUAUUAAUGGUAUUGUGAAUAAUAAUAGAGACACUAAUAAUAGUAUAAAUUUUCAUCGUUCUACAAAUUACUCCAGAUCAAUUUUAAGAAAAAAACGAGGAAAAAAUAGACACCUGCACAAUUUACAAAAAUAUGCAUAUUUUAUAAUUUUUUACAAUAUUGUGUUACAUGUGAAAAAUAAACCUAUUAAAAAAAUAAAUAUACUAUUUUCAGAAAAAGACUCAUUAUAUGUUAUAAAAAAGCUAAAUAAUUACGUGAAAAAAAAAAAAAAAUUUAUAUUAUAUUAUAUAUAUAAUAAUAUUGAUAUUUUUUUUAUAAGAGCUAAUUUCAAGUCAAAUAUACGAAGAAAUAUAUUUUUUAAAAUAAUAAUAAAAUAUAUUAAAAAUGUUGAAAAAUUAAAAAGAUAUGGUGAAAUUUGCUUUUUUAGUAAAAUUAUAAAUCUUGAAUUUAUUCAACAAAAGGUCAUAAACACCUUUUUUUUCAUAUCAAAAAAAUGCUAUAAGUUUAAAUAUUAUAAUAAUUUAACUAAAUAUAUAUAUAUAUUUUUUUUUUUGAUAAUAAAAUGUAAUGAAGAAUUAUAUUCAAAAUAUAAAAGCAUGAAUAUAAUACGUAAUGAACUUAAAGAAGAAAAAUAUAUAGAAAAUAGUGAAAAAAAUUUUAGUAACAUAUUUAUGAAAACAUGUGUUAAACAGUGUAAUAAUAAAGAAAACAAUGACGGUUGCGGAAAAAAUACUGGAACAGAUAAAAGAAACACAAAAGAUGGUAAUGAUACUGAAACGGGAAAUAAUGGAAAUAACGAACAUAGUGGAAAUGAUGGCGAUAGUGGAAAUAACGGUAGUAAGGAUAAGAAUAGCAGCGGUAGUGGGGAUAAUAAUGAUGAUAAAAAAAAUGAUGAUAAAGACAAAAAAAACAAUAGAAACAAUAAGGAUCAGGAUAAAGAACGGAAAAAAAAAAAUGAUAUGAAAAAGGGACCACAAAAAAAUAGUGCUGAUAAUGCUGAUAAUACUGAUAGAGACGGAACCAACAAAACCAAUGAUAAUAAUGACAAUAAAAAUAACGAAAAUGAUGAGGAUAAAGAGGAAAAAGAAAAUAAAGAGAAUACAGAGAAAAUAGAAACCAAUGGGAACGAUGAAAAUACUUGUAAGAAAAGAAAGUGCGGAAAGGGUCUAACGAGAAAUAGAAACAAAGGGAAAAAUCUCAAUGAAAACACUACAAAUAUAAUGUGUCAUAAAACAGAUGAAACAUGCUCAAUUAAUGUUGAUUCGCCGCUAUUAAACGUUGAAAAAAAGUAUCCCGUGAAAAGAAGAAAAGAAAAUAAAAUAGAUAGAAAAAAUUAUAAUCAUGAAAAAAAUGAGAAAUAUUCAUUAAAUAUGCUUAUUGCUGAAAAUGCACAUAAAAUUAUAAAAAAUGGAAGAGUAUAUAAACAGUUUGAACCUUGUUAUAAUCAUAAAACACAUAACAAUUUCAUGCUAAAAGAAUUGUUAUGGAUGAGUAUUGAUUUUUAUGAAGAAAAAAGGUGGAAAAAAAACAUAUCAAAAAGAUUUAGCUAUCUUAUGAAUACUAAUUUUUAUGAAAAACAAAAAAAUGAUAAAUAUUUUAUAUCUUCUCAAAUAUCAAACGAUAUAAAAAUGUUUUGGUUUUUUAUAUUAAAUGAAAUAAGACCUGAUUUAGUUCCAAUAGAUUUAGAUCAUAAAGUUAAAAAUAAAAAUGGUAUAAAAAAGAACCUAUUUCGUAUUAUUAAAAAAAAUAUAGAAUCUGAAGAAUACAAUUUUAUAAAUGUAACAAACCAUAUCAAUUUAAAUACUAAUCAUAACGAACUAAACAGUAAACAGUUAGGAAUUGUUAGUAGAGGUGAAAGAGAAAACAAUGGAGAUAAAAAUGAAAAUAAAGAUCAAUUUUUAAAUUCUGAAAACGAAGAUACAAUAAUCCCCAAAACGCAUUCUGGUAUAUUCAACAAAAUACAUUCUCUGAAUAUAUUAAAUGAAAAAAAUAUGAACCCUGAUGAAACAACAUCAAAAAAUGAUAAUAAUUCAAAUGAUUUAAAUAUUCUCCCAAAGACCGACAAUAAUAUAAUUGAAGAACAUUGUCAAAACUUAGGAAGUAAUGAUAAAACUGUUAAGGUUUGUAAAAAUGAUAAUAAUGAAUUUGAAAACGGAUUAACGUCUUAUGAAGAAUGCUUAGCAAAAUUAGAGAAUAGUGUAAACAAGGAAAUGCUGAAUAAGUAUGAAUAUAAUAGUAAAAUUUGUUAUAAUGAUUCAAAAAAUUGUAAUAAAAUAAAUGAAAUCAGUUAUAAAAAUACAUUUUAUUAUAAUGAAGAAUAUAGUGAUUACUAUGACAAUAAUAAUGAUAGAAAAUAUAACGUAGCGUAUAAUGGGAUAUGUAAUGAUUUUAGAUAUUAUAAUAAUCAUUUGGGAAAUAAUAUUUAUUGUAACGAUUGUAAUUAUCUCGAUUUAAGUGAUCAAUUAUACAUAUAUUGCUUACUUUUUAUAAGUAUUUCUCUAAUUGAAAUUAAAGAAAAUAUAUUUUAUAACAUUGAUAAUAUUUCAAAUGAGGAUAAAGUAACAAUAUUAGACGAAGAAAAUAAUACGCAUAUUUCGAAGGCAACAUAUUCAAAGAUAUAUGCCAAAGAUAAUUUUGAAAAUGAAGACCAUCAAACAACAUCAGGGGAUGAUAAUGUCAAACAUGGAGAUAUCGAUCAAAGUAAUGAUAGUGGCAAAAAUAAUAACUAUAUUUGUAAUGGAAAGAUGGAAAAAAAUGAAGAAAAUAUUAAUUGUGAUGGAAAAGAUAAAAUGAGCAUUGAAUGUAAAGAAAAUGAGAUCCAUGCUAAUGAUGGAUAUGAUCAUAAUGAUGAAAAUAGAAAAAAUGAAUGUAAAAAAAUCGAAGGAAAUAUUAAUCAGUUAUCCGAAGUCACAGAAAAAAUAAAUGAAAAUAAAAUUUUAAAAAUGAUAAAAAAAGAAAGCAAAAACAGCACAGAACAUUAUAGUGAUAAGCCAUAUAAAGAAUAUAAAAUUAAUCAAAAUGGGCAUCAUAAAAGUUAUAAUAUUUAUGAUAAUGCAAAUGAUGAAGGUUAUAAAUUUAAUAAAAAUUACCAAGAUUAUUAUGACGAUUUAAAAUCGAAUGUAAGUUAUAGAAAUAAUAAUAACAGUAACAAUAUUCUACCAUUUAUACCCUCGUUAAGUAAUAUAGACAUAAAAGAAUUAAUAGUAAUUCCGUAUUCGUUACCACAUGAUAAUAUAAUAAAUAAAGAAACAACAUAUAGUUUAGAAUCAGAAAGAAAAAUAUAUGAAUACCUUAAUGAAAUAAAGGAAAGAAAUAUAAAUAUAUAUAUGAACAAUAUGGAAUCAUAUGGAGGUAAAUCUUAUCCUUUUGAAUUUCAUAAUAUAGAUAAUUAUUAUAAUAAUAUUAAUUUACCAUUGACCAAAUUAACUGAAUAUGAUGAAUAUACCUUUUUCUUGUAUUUAUUUUAUAUAAAAAAUUCGCCAUAUAUAUUAAAAAAACAAAUACAAAAAGAUAAAAAAAAACGGAAACGUGAUUUGCCAGAUAUUACUCCACCAAAAAAAAGAGCUUCUAGACGUAAGCUAAACAAAGAAAGCGGUGAAAAAGAAAUCGAAAUAAUUCGAGAAUCUGAAAAAGUUACAAAUAAUACAGAAGAGGUUGAUUCAAAGGGAAUAUCCGAAAUAAAUUUAUUGCAAACAAAUAAUAAUUCAAUACUAAUAAAGGGGGGAGAAAAUAAAAACUUUUAUAAUAAUAAAUUAACUAGUAAACAUGUAGGUGAAAUAAAAAAAGAACCUCAAUUCUCUAAAGAUAAUACUGAAAAGGAAAUAAAAUUAUGGAAAGAAAGAAAAUUAGAAUGGACAAAUGAUGAAAUUAAUUUUUUAUUAAUUUUGGCAAAUACUUAUAUAAAUUAUAUAAAUCUCGACACGAUUACACAGUUAAUGGAUAAUAACGGGUCGAAUAUUACUAUUUACAAUAAUAAUAAUCAGAAUGAAAUUUAUAAUGCGGGGAAUAAUAAUAUAACAAUAAAGAAUACUCUUGAAGUGGAAUACUCAACGACCGUAGUAGAAACCGUUCAAAAAGAAAAAAAAACCUUAACUAACGAAAAAGAUGUAAAAAAACUUAGCAAUAUCAGUAAAGAAACACCAAAUGAAUGCAAAUCAGAAAGCUUGGAAAUUUUGCAAAACAUUAAAAUGAACAAUUUGAAUGAUUCAAUUUUAUCUACCGAAGGAAAGUUGGGCAAUACAAAUAUCUCAACUCCCCAUUUUAAAAAAAAUAAUGAGAGUGAUAAAACGAUUGAAGAUAUGAAUUAUGUUUAUUAUAUUAAUUGGACAAUAAUAUCAUUGGCAUUAACGUCAUAUAAUAAAAUAAAUAACAUUUGUGAAAUAUCAAAAAGUGCAGAAGAAUGCCGAGAUAAGUUUUUAUCUUUAGCAAAAGAUAAUAAAUAUAAAAAUUAUAAUAUAUAUAAUUUACACGAAAAUAAUUUUAUUAAUUCAAAAAAUAAUAUAGAUAACAAAAAAAGUUCAAGAAAAUUAAAAUUUUUAUCCAUAUUCUCAACUACACGAACUAACACGUUGAUCGAAGCUUUUAACAAAUAUAUGAAUAAAAAAAUAGAAAAAUACAAACUAAGAAAAAUGGCUCGUACCGAAAAAAAAAUGGAACAUGGGCAAGAAGUUAUAAGAAGUAAAAGUGAAAUGCUAAAUGAAGAUAAAUCAAUCGAUCAAGCAAACUAUAUAAUAAAGACUAACGAUUUGGGAAAUAAUAUUUUCUGUGAUGAAAGUGAGCAAAAUGAACUUUUGAAUAAUACGUUAGCAGAAGAAAUGGCACAAUCAAAUUACAAACAAACUAGCGUUUCGAGUAAUAGUAGUAGUAAAAAUGAUAGUAUGAGGAGUAAUAUACAGAAUGAAAUUUCUGAAACAUUAAAGGAUGGCUCCUUUUUUAAUGAUAUAAAUUUAGAUACGAAUAUGAACAGAAAAGAAGAUUUUAUAAAUAAUUUAUUCAAAGAAGUUUCUGUAAAUAAUUAUGAAACAUCUGAAGAAGAUGCAGAAUGCGGUGAGGAUAGUUUUUUUAGUUAUAGUGAUGUUGGUUAUUGUUCAUCUGGGGAAUUAUAUAAUAACAAAUCAUCCAUAAAAUUAGAAAAUAUGAUAAAUAUACUAGAUAAUUUAGACAAUAGGGAAAAACUCAAAAUUGAAAAUAGCGGAUUAAGGGAAAUUACAAACUUCAAAGUAAAAGAAAUACAUGAUGAUAUUACAGAGGGAAGAAACAAAAUUAAUGAUAAUUGUGAAUUUUUGGAUGGAGAUGAGAAAAAAAUAUAUAACAUAAAUGAGGGUGAAAUUGAAAACAAUGUAAAUGAUAAUAAACCUAAUUGUUUCUUGGAUGUUACAAAUGAUUUAAAGAUUAAUAUAAAGAAAGAUUCAGGAAUUACAUCAAAUAAAAUAGAUGAUAAUUAUGAUAAUAUGGAAUUACAAACUAACGAAAGUGACAAUUAUCAAACAAACGAUAGUAAUAUGGUGAAUGACGUGAAAUCUGAAAUAUAUAAAAAUGAUAACGAUGGAUUCGAAAUAAAAAUUAAAUGCAAUGAAAAUGGUAUAUAUUCAAAUAAUGCUGAAAAUAAUAAUAGAAAUGAAAAUAGUUCUUAUAAAACUUGGAAAUAUUCAUCCAAUUUUGCAGGCUCAAUGAGCGAAUUAAUUUGUUAUGACAAAAUAAAAAAGAUUUUGAAUACUGUAUGUAAGAAUAAAAAGAAUGUGAACGAAUUUAUAUCAUUACUAAAAAAUGAGUAUAUUAUAAAAAAUCCCUAUUUUUUAAAAGUAAUACAAAUUUUUAUAAAUAAUGUUAAACCAGUUAUUGGGUAUUAUGACAAUAUGAUAGAUUCGGUAAAUGAAAAGUCUGAUUACAUCUAUUCGAAUAAAGAAUAUUUAAAAGAUUUGUGUAAACACAAAAUAGAUAAAGAAUUUGUUAAUUUUAUAAGAAAAAUAAUAGAACAUGAUAAAAAACAAAAAAAUAAGUAUAUCGAAAAAAUUACCAAAACAAUUCCAUAUCAAAACAAUAUUAACUCUAAUGAAUUAAUUAUACAUUCUCCUAGCAAUUCGUAUAAUACCGUUAAGAAUUUAUCGACAAAAAUUCUUAAUUAUGUUCCAUAUGUAGAUGAUAAAAAAAAAGGAAACAUUAAACAAAUGAGCAAACGAUUCAACAGUAAAAAUUUGGUAUCGCAAAUAUUAUUAGCUGAUUAUAUUGUAGAUAAAUUAAAAACUUUUCCAAUUAGUGAUUCAUUAACAUCUAUUUAUAAUAAUAAAACUAUUGACGAGCUAAUAUCAGAAUAUCAUUUAAAGGCAUAUACAGAAUAUAUUAAUGAUAAUUUUAACGAAAACAAUUAUGCAUCUAAAUUAGAAAAAUCAUAUAUCGAUGAUCCCUCGACAGAAAUAAAUGAUGAAUCAUCGAUUAAUGUAAGUUUAGUUGAUAUCAAAAAUAAAAAUGUAUCAGAUGUUAUGAAAAAUAAUGAAAAUGAAUUAGAAGGAAAAUUCGAGAUAAGCAAGAAGCUUUCCGAAAAUUUUGGACGCACAUUACCAUGUGAUCAAACUUCUAAGAAGGAAAAUUCUUUAUAUAACAAAACAACAGGAGAUAAAACUGAGAAUACUUUCAAUAUAUUACCCACGUUUGGUAAUAAUACUCCAAAUAAUAAGUUUGCCAAUAAUAAUAAUACUAAUACUAAUACUAAUAAUUAUAAUAAUAAUGAAACUAUUGAUAGUAUCAGUGAAAACGUAACUGAUGCUAAUUUGUGUGUAAAUCACGAAAAAAAUAUCGAGAUGGAUGCAAAGACUAGCAGUAAUAUGACUUUAGGAAUAUUAGAAAACAGUAAAAAUAACACCAAUAUAAAUUCUGAUAAUGUACUUAAUAAUAAUAACACACCAAAUGAUAAUAAUCAAGGAUUAAAAAAGUUAAAAAAGGUAAACUCUGAGCCUUCAGUGAAUCUUUACAACGAUAAAAUAAUUGAUUUGGGAAACUAUACGAAGCAAAUAAAGAAUUCUUCAAAAACACAACCGAUACGAAAAAACACUGGAACAACUAAUAAAAUAACGAAAUAUAAAACGUCCACAAAUUUGUGUAAUUAUUCAAAUAUUAAGGGUCGAAAAAAUAAUAAUAAUAAUGAUAAUAAUAAUAAUAAUAAUAAUAAUAAUAAUAAUAAUAAUAAUAAUAAUAAUAAUAAUAAUAAUAAUAAUAAUAAUAAUAAUAAUAAUAAUAAUAAUAAUAAUAAUAAUAAUAAUAAUAAUAAUAAUAAUAAUAAUAAUAAUAAUAAUAGUGAUAAUAACAUUAUAUUGAAUUGCGCACAAAAUAUAAAAUGGCCAUCAUUAAAUAAAUUUGAAACCCAAACAAAUCCAACAAAUAACAACAACAAUGACUAUAAUAAUUUUUAUAAAGAGGGUACUCCCGUUUUUGAACAACUGCCCAUUUCACAUGAAGAAUCAAAUAACAAUCAGCAUAUGUGUAACGAAAAAAUAAAUUUAACAAGAAAAAAACAAAAAGCAUCAGAUAAUAAAUGUAACAAUUCUAUUAAAAAUGUAGCAAAUGAAAAUUUAAACAAAUAUCCAUCUAACCAACCAUAUUAUCAAGUUAAGAAUAUUCAUGAUAAUUAUUUUAAUGAUAAUAAUCAAACACCAAUGAAAUUGAAUACGCGUAUACCUAGCACUGAUAUAAGUAUUAUUCCAUCUUCAGCAACAAUGUGUGAACAUAUAAAAUGCUCAGAUAAUUCUGAUUUGGCAAAUAGAACAGAUUUAUUAUGUAAUGGGUCUCAGCCUGGAAAUAAUGUGCCUUUAAAUAUAAUAAAUAGCAACUCAAGUAGCAGCAACGGAAUUAGUAAUAAAAACAUUGGUUUGAAUAGUAGUAGUCACCUUAACAACGUGGGAGGCAUGAUUGUUGGAGGUAUGAAUUCGAGUAAUAACAAUCAUAUAAUAAAUAAUUUUGCCCAUAAAGGUGGCGAAGAAGGCGAUAAAUUUACUCCAUUUUCUUAUGGAGCUUUACAAAAUAAUAAGUACGUUUCUCCAAGUCAGGGGAAUAAUCAAAUAUAUUAUAAUAAAGCACCUAUAUAUGAGUCACCAGACAUUGCUUCAAAUAAAAUUGGAGGGAAUAAUACGAUGAAUACUUAUAAUUCUAGAUCUGCAGAUAUUUCUUCGAAUUAUUUUAACUCAAGACUUUUACAUUCGCUAAGUAACAGUAAUAAUCUUAAUAAUGUUAAUUUAAAUGUUGAUAAAAACGGAUAUUCUGCUAAUAUGAGAGAUCAUAUAGGAAUUUCAAGACGCUCAUCAACAUCCAUAUUAUGUUCAGAGACAAAUGAAAAUAACGAAAAUGUGAUUUUUAUGAAAUCAAGAUCUCCAAGUAAUUAUCCUUCACCAUAUAAUCCCAAUAAGGGAAUAAUGCAUGAUAAUGAUAGCUCAAAAUCCUAUUACGAUUCACAAAUAUUGCAACAACAUAUGCAACACCAAACACAUCAAUCGGCGCAGCAACAAUCCCAAAUAAUUAGCAACACAGAUAUAGUGAAUAAUAUGGCCAUGAGUACUAACAACGGUUUGACCAAUAACAAAGAGGAAUCGAAUAACGACCCCUCAAAUAUUUCUGAGGCAAAAAACAAAAAUGUUAUUUAUCAGAAUUAUGCAUUGAAUAAAUACCCAAGCAAUAGUGUAAAAAAAUUAAGCCAAAUUAAUAAUCAAAAUGAUUCAAAUAUCCAACCAGGUUAUCACAAUAUAAAUUAUGAUCAAAUAAAUAAUAAUUAUAUACCUCAAAAUCUAAUGAAAAAUCAUAAUGAGUUACUAUCUUCAAAUAAUGAUAAAAAACAAAUGGUUUAUUAUCCUACUCAUCCUAUUCCUAAUUUUGCAAACAUAAAUAACGUACCAUUAGAAAACUUAGAUAAACACAAUAUUGCUUUUUCAAAUGAGUCUUUUAAUAGAAAUAUAAAUUAUCUCAAUCAAAUUAAUUUAGUAAAAUUGGACCCCGUGUCAGAAAAAGAAAAUAUGAAUACGGGUGCAAAAAUAGUUGGAGAAAAAGUACAGCAUACACAACACUCGAUAAAAAAUAAUACCCAACAUAGUGAUAUACAUAAUUCUAUCAUAGAAAAUAAUUUAGGGCAAUCAAAUUACGCAGUUAAUAUGAUUAAUGGUGGUUCAUUAAGUAGCUCAAGCAAUGUCCUUAUCGAGGGAACUCCAAAUAAUGAUAUUAAUGCUGAUGUUAAUAACCACCAUAACUUAUCCCAUAUACCAUCAAUCUCCAUGCAGCAAUCACAAAUAAAUAUCGACCAAAAUAACAAUUAUAUAUCCAAUGAACAUGAAAGAGAUUCAGCAAGCCGUAUGCAAUUUACCCCUAAAGGAUCUGCCAUACCAGUUCCAAAUCAACAAAAUAUUAAUAUAAAUAAUCAAGGUAUUAAAUAUAAUGAGAUAAAUGUACAUAAUAUAAAACAACCAAAUAAUUUAAAUUCAUAUAUUAACCAAGUUAAUUUUAUUGUUCAAGUAUUAAAUAAGAAAAAAUGUAAUCAAACAGAUAAUAUACCACCUAAUAUAAAUCAACAAACUAUGGGGAAAUAUAAUGUAGAUCAAACAGUUGUUAAUACCUUAAAUUUGAAACAGGGUAACUUUGCGAAUCCAAACUUAAGUCAACCACAUAAUAACAAUAUCAUACAAAAUGGAAAUAAUAAUAAUAAUAACAUGGGAUUAUCUACUUAUCACACACAACCAAAUACAAAUUUGAAAAACAUAAAACCACCAAUGAAUGAUAGCAAUAUAUCAAAUAUGCUCAAUAUGGGUAUGAGAAACAAUAUGUCUAAAAAUAUUAUAUCAAAUAUUCCUCCAAAUAAUGUAUUCUCGGCUAAAGAUGUGAUUCAACAGAAAAUACUACAACAACAACAGCAUAAAAUGCAACAAGAAUUAAUUCAUAAAUCUCAUAAUGAUAAAGAUAAUCUAGUAAAUCCACGGAUGCAAUUUUCUGAAGAACAAAUGCAGCACCAAAAAUUAUUGCAAAAAAUGAAACAAGAACAAUUGCAAAAACCGUUACAACAGAUUCAUCCACAUCAAAUGCAAACACACAACAUGAAUUCGCAACAGCAUAUGUAUAUUCACCCAAUGCAACAAAAAAUGCAAGCUCUACAAAUACAAUCCCUUCUAAAAGCCCAACAGAUAAAAAAACAAUUACACCCAAGCCAAUUACAACAACAACAUAUGCAACAGAAAUUACACCCACAGCAAAUUCAUCCGCAACAGUUGCGCUCACCGCAAAUACCUCAACAACAGAUAACACCACAACAAAUACAACAAAUACAACAAAUGAAAAUGCAUAAUAUACAAUUCAAGAAGCAUGAAAUGAAGAAACAUAUGGAGCAUUUGCAAAAAAAUAUACCAUAUAACCAACAACAAAUUCAUCAAAUAUAUAAUUUGCAACAAAAUAUAAUAAGUAAUGAUGAAACAAAUGAUAAACAAAAUAUGCAUCUCCAAAUUAGUAUGGGUAUAAACCCCAAAAUUCAAAAUAUGCAUAUGCUACAAGCAAAAAAUAACGAUGAAUUAAUUUCAAAGGAGAAUUUAAAUAAUAAUUUAAAUGAAAAUCCUAUAUAUGCAGUAAAUCGAACAUUUUCAAAUAAUAUAAAUAAAUUUAAAAAUCCUGAUAAUUUUUAUUCUCAAAAUUCCUUUCACCCAACUCCAUCAUCAAAUAAAAUGGAUUUAAAAGAUAUUAGAAGUAUAGGAAAUAAAACAUUAAUUGAAAAUAAUAUCGCAUUAAACCCUUCUCAGAAAAGAGCGGAUAUAUCUAAUAAUAACAUUGCACCUCAUAUUUUACCUAUUAACAUGGCAUCAUAUAAUUCUCAAAAUAUGCAAUGUAAAAUAAAUAUUAAUAAGAAUAAUAGCAAUUCACAAGAAAAUAAUUGUUGA